AUGCCGGUCAACAUUUUAAAUAUUGCAGAUGAACUUCUAAUAACUAUUUUCGAAUUUACAAGUUCUCCUAAUGAUUUUAAGAACCUAGCAAUAAGUUGCAAAAAAUUUUCUAAUGUAUCCAAGAUAGGUCAAACAAGAGCGAAAUGGAUCCUAUGUCAAUAUGGAAAGGCUCAUGCUCUUUUUCACGCUGUAAGACUGGGUCCAACCUUUAUUAAUCUUUCAGUAGCAACUGCCAUUAUUGCUAGUGGAGCCAUUCUUUCUAGAUACUUUAUUCAAAGACUAUUUACUCACUUUGGCAGUUGUGACCAAAAAUUAAUUGAUAUAAAAACUGCAUAUAACACAGCAGGAAGGAUAGAUAUUAACAAAAUAAAAAAUUCGGAUGCCAGAACCUCAUGGGCGAGUAAUUUGCAAAUUUCAGUUUUCUCAUAUUUAAUAUCUACAGCGCAGGAACAAUUAAAGACUGAUGAUCUCUGGGUUAGGGGAGAUGAUAUGGAACUUUUUCUUUUACUUUCUGGAGGUUUUGAACAUGUAAUAAAUCAUGCACAUAAUAUUUUACUAGAAAAUAUUAAUAACCUUCAAAAUUUAAUAUUGAAAAUGAAAUUUAUCCCAUUUCCGCAAAGAAUGAAACAUGUUCAAGAAAAUCUAAAUGAAUAUCCUGCAAAAGAUGGAUAUGAAAAUAACAGACAGCUUAAUGGGAUAGUACGUUCAAUCUUAAUCUAUAAAGAUUUGGUGCAUUUAUGGAAACAAAUAGGGUAUCACGAAAUUUGUAAAGAUAUGAAUGAUCUUGUAAUGAAAGGUGCUCUUUUACUUCUUUUUCCUUCAAAGCCUUUUGUAGGAUGGGCACGGCCAACUGUACAAGAUGUCAAUAAAAGGCUCAUGGAAUUAAUUGAACUUGGUUUUCAAUUAAAUUACAAUGUUAUAAAUUAUAUUUUUCAUCGGUUUGAACAUAGAUUAAAAGAUAUCGGUAGUAUAUUGAUGGAAUCAUUUAUGCAUGUUCAUGAAAAACCACUUGCACUGUCACCUAUAUUUUAUGACUGGGUACUCAAAAGACUUGGAUCAGAUGAACGAAUGAUUGCACUCUGUUUUGAAGAUCUUUUAAAAACAUGUAUUAGCCUUGAAACUCAACUUCAAAAAUCUAAAGCCGAAGUCUCGAUCGAUAUGAAUCAAUGCAAGUUCAAAGCAGUGUGCGAUAUUUUUAAGGUUUAUUGUAAUGCAAAAAAACUUUUCCUUCCUUCACAUUUAGAAGUAAUUUCAAAAAGCACUAGUCAUGAAAUUCAUAAGAUAUUAUUUGAUAAUUAUUUAGUUGAUCUUUUUAAUGAAGAAAUAUCAUCUAUACAAACUAUAAAUUCUAUUGGAGAUCCAGAUAUUAGUCAAAUGUCACCAAGUAAGAAAAAAGGAAAUACUCAAAUUGUUAAAGAAUGGGAGAAAAAAUUAACAAACAUUUAUUAUCAAUUAAAGUAUGAAGAAAAUAGAAUGACUAACACAUUUCGAGAUUAUCUAAGUAAAUUUGUUGAAGAAAA